GGACAGCCAGGGCUACACAUGUUCACAGCUGUUAUUUUGCCAUUCCUGUUCUACACUUUAAAAAAAAAAUGUAUAAAAAGUUGCUGCAAAUCAAGAUAAAGUAGAAAAAAGGUAAACAAGCAAACAGCCAAUGACUAUAAAAAGAUGCUCAAGUUGGGAGCCAGGAGGACAGACAGUCAUCUCAAAGUACAAACAUGAAGAAGUUUGGUAACAAGAAUUGGGAGAAUUUGAAAGUAGACUGCUGGAUGUACUGUUCCGGCUCAUCAUGGCUUCCAGCCACACUGUGUUGAUGCGACUGGUGGCCUCAGCGUAUUCUAUCGCUCAGAAGGCAGGAACCAUAGUCAGAUGUGUCAUUGCUGAAGGAGACCUGGGCAUCGUGCAGAAGACCUCAGCCACAGACCUGCAGACCAAAGCAGACCGCUUGGUACAGAUGAGCAUAUGCUCUUCCCUGGCACGGAAGUUCCCUAGGCUGACAAUUAUAGGGGAGGAGGACCUGCCUCCCGGGGAAGUGGAUCAAGAGCUGAUUGAAGACGGGCAGUGGGAGGAAAUCCUGAAGCAGCCGUGCCCAUCGCAGUACAGCGCUAUUAAGGAGGAAGACCUUGUGGUUUGGGUUGACCCCUUAGAUGGCACCAAGGAAUAUACUGAAGGUCUUCUUGACAACGUAACGGUUCUUAUUGGGAUUGCUUAUGAAGGAAAGGCCAUCGCAGGCAUCAUCAACCAGCCAUAUUACAACUACCAGGCAGGCCCGGACGCUGUGCUGGGCAGGACCAUCUGGGGAGUUCUGGGUUUGGGUGCUUUUGGGUUUCAGCUGAAAGAAGUGCCCGAUGGGAAGCACAUCAUCACGACCACCAGGUCCCACAGCAACAAGCUGGUCACUGACUGCAUUGCGGCCAUGAAUCCUGACAAUGUGCUACGAGUCGGGGGAGCAGGAAACAAGAUCAUCCAGCUGAUUGAAGGCAAAGCCUCUGCUUAUGUAUUUGCAAGUCCUGGCUGUAAGAAGUGGGAUACUUGUGCCCCAGAAGUUAUCUUACAUGCUGUGGGAGGGAAGUUGACAGACAUUCACGGGAACGCCCUCCAGUACAACAAGGAGGUGAAGCACAUGAACUCGGCAGGAGUCCUGGCCACACUGAGGAAUUAUGAGUACUACGCAAGCCGAGUUCCAGAGUCUGUCAAAAGCGCACUCACUCCCUGAAAGGGUGCUUCACUCUCUUACCCCGGAGGACUUGGUUCUCACAACAACACAUCUUAGAGUUGAUGAACAAUUAGAGUCAGCUGCAUUCAUCAUUGAUUGGUGAUUUAGAUCAGUAGUUAGGGGUGGAACAUGAGAUUGAAGAAUUUACUUUCCGUAGUCUAAUACUCUCAUAACUUAGGCAUAUAAUACAUUUUAAUUUUCGUUUCUCCUCCCUAAAGAUAGUUGGCCAGGUCCCCAGGUGUGGUGGCACAUGUGGUAGUCAUAGCUAUUCCAGUGGUUUGAGCUAGGAAGAUUGCUUGAGCCCAUGGCCUCAAGACCAGCCUCCAUUACAUAGCAAGACACUACCUAAAAACGGAGAAGAGAAACAAAAAAGGAAUUUAGUUUUACUAAUUAGCUAACCAGACCAACCACUUGUUUUGAAGUCUGGAUAAUUUUUAGUUUCAGUGUCUUAAGUGGUCUUAAUUUUUUGUUUGUUUUUGUUUUUUGUUUUUGUUAUUAUUUGCUUAUUUUGUUUUUGUUGUUUGUUUUUUAGUUAUUGUUUGCUUGGUUUUGUUUUUGUUUUUGAGACAGGGUUUCUCUAUGUAGUCCUUGCUGUCCUGGAACUUGUUCUGUAGACUAAACUGGCCUUGAAAUCAGAGAUCACUCCACCUCUGUUUCCCGAGUGCUAGGAUUAAAGGCAUGUGCCCACCACUCCUGGCUCAAGUGUUACUGUUUUUAAGUGGAGAAAUGAAAAAGGCCUAGUUCCAAAUUACUGUCCAGGUCAUUUGUACAAUCAGCAUUCCUGCUUAUAAACUGGAUUUCUUCAGGGCAUAGAACCUUUUUUUUUUUUUUUCUUUUGUCUAGUUUUUGAGGCAGGGUUUUUCUGUGUAGCCUUGGCUGUCCUGGAACUCCCUCUGUAGACCAGACUGGCCUCAAACUCACAGAGAUUCUCUGCCUCUGCAUGCUGGGAUUAAGGGUGUGCGUUACCACUGCCCACCCAGGGUCCAGAAUCUUAAAUUGUGCCAGAAUUUCAGUUUUGUUUUUCAAAAUUUUUAAAAUUUCUGACCUGAGAAUGCAUAUAAUGAUAUUAUUUAUGUUGAUAUGGGGAAAGUUUCUUUAAAAUAAAUUAUUUACUUCUAGAUCUUUA